AUGAUGACUGGGCAGAUUCCCGACCCUUUUGUGACCACGGGCUCUCUGCCAGGGCAAGACCCUCUGAACGGAUGGCCUGGCUCGGCUCUGAUCGUGAAGGAGCUGAAAUGCAUUGGGACCAUAAUCGUGCCCUUGCUGGAGGUAAAACUGGACAAGAGGCCCCAACCUGUAAAAAGUAAGCUCGACGAGAAAGAGGAACGGAGGAAAAAGAACAAGGCGGUGUGGGCCCGGAGAAAGGAGCGCACGGAGUCCCUGCAGCGUGAGUUCGAGCGGUUGGAGUUCAGAAACACGGUGCUCAAGAUGCAGAUCAGGGAGCUGGAGCAGGCGCGGCAGCAGCUGAUCCUCGUGCUGAACCGGCGCCGCCCCACCUGCAUUGUCCACACCGACAGCGUCCCUGGCUGUGCGGCUGGGCACAGGGGACUGCCCCUUGGACCUAAUAUUAAUGGCUGUGGUGCAUAUUACUAA